GAAACGGAAACUUCGAAAGUAUUCAUUCUGUGUUUCCUAGAAUAGACAAAUGGGAUUGUUUACCUUAGUUCAAUCAAUUCCAGUGUUUCAGUUUAUCGUUUUUUAAUUUUUUUUUUUUUAAUAUCAGUUCAUUUCGUUGAUUUAAAUUUCAGAUUUACUUUCUGAAAAGUAUUAUUUUCUAUUGUAACAUGUGUAAAAUUUAUUUUAAUAUUGUGAAUUACCAUUCGGCUUUUUCAAAUCGGUAAUGACAUGACUCGUUUGCAAAUUCCAUUACCACGAAAUCAAUGUACUCGUUUUUAGAUUGCUGAGACCCGAAUUUUGAAGAUAAUGGCAGCGAAGAAAGAUAACGAAAAAUUUUCCAAUGAUAAUGGAGAUACAAAUACCAGAACGCGAAUUAGCGGGAGCAAAUUAGCGAGGCGAGCGAGAUCCUUCAAAGACGAUUUUUUUGAUAAAAUUUCGUCGAUUAGGUCACCAGGAAGUAUGAGUAAUGGAUCCAGAUCUAAUUCUCCGAAAUCGAAAAACAGGCAUCGUUCGAAGUCGCCAAAACGACUCGGAUCAACCGCAGAUUCUUACGACUAUGGACUGGAUAAUCCGUUGAAAGAUUUGGAAUGUCAGAUGAAACAAGUGCAGUUUGCUUUGCGGUAUUUUCAAGAUGUGAUUUCUAAAAAUAAAUUAGAAAUGCUUCCUGGUAAUGGAACCAUUGUACUCGAGACGAUUGCUAACAUUCAUAGCGUUCUAAAAUCGUAUGCCUUAGAUGAACAAAGUUCCUUAAUAGUUUCCGGAUUAAACCAGGUAUACCAAAGUGUUGCGAGAUUGAUUAAAUUAUGUGAUGAUUUACUUAUUUUGGGAGAAAAGGCGCUUGAUAGAGAAUAUGUAACGGAAACAAUUCAUUCAGUAGAAGACGCGGUUCAGAAUUUGGUGACCGUAGUGGGUGAUAAGAUUUCGGAGCGAGAAAACCGAAGCAUUCAAAGUGAGAGUAGUACGAGCAGUCGAUGCUCUACAGUAUCCAGCGAUCCGUCACAUUAUCGAGUAUCAUUACCAGAGAUAACUAUGUCUCCGAACGAGCGACAGUUAUUAGAGCAAACAACGCAUAUCGUUCUCGAAAGGCAUUUACCGUCUCGUAUUCUUGUCCAAGAAACGAGCGAAACGCCGCCGCCUAAACCUCCCCUUCCUAAUCGAACGGUCGGCGAAUCACCGCCACCAUUGCCGCCGAAGAAACGCAAUGCGAAUUCAAAUGUUACCAAUACGAUACCUUUUGUUCCUGCAACUUUAUCUUUAGAAAGACUUAGUAUUAAAUCGGAUAACUCUUCGGUGACGUCGUUCGACUCAUCUAGCGGCGGCGGCUGCUUACGUACGGAUUUGUCGGCCGAAGACUCAGCGCCUGUUCGAAUGGCUCGAGAACGCAUAUCUUCCUCAUCGUCCAGUGGCUUUGUGUCGUUGCGUGAUUCUAGUCAUUGUUUCACCGAACAGCAACAACAAGGGUGUAGCUUUUUUACGAGUACGACGUCGACCGUCGAUGGCGUUGUGGUGACCACGUCGCAUAAUGAAUCUCAUUACGCUACUACCUCGAGGGUUGUGUCGCAUUUUGCUAAUUUCUCCACUAGCGAUGAAGUUCCUCCUGCUUUACCUAUAAAAACUAGAAAAUUUACUCCCGGAUUGAUGCAUCUGCAGCGCGAAGGUAGUCUUAAUAAUCAUAUGCGCGCUGGCGUUAUUCUAAGUAAUGGACAUAACGAUUCCGGAAGUCCUCCGCCGUUGCCGUUGAAGAAGAAACAUAUGUUUCACUCUUUGGCAUAUUCCGUUAUGGCGUAUAUGGAAAUGUUUGGGAAUUGUUCGCCCGGUAAUACAAAUGAGAUGUUCAGACGUUCCAUUGAUUCUUAUAAUAUUUUACAAGCUGAAUGGCAGAAACAUGAAAUGUUAUUGACUUCAGCGCAUUCGUGUUCCUUCGAUGUUUUUUGUUCUAGUCAAAGCAAUAACAAUUCAUUGAACGAAUCAUCAUCUCCACCGCCAGCGUUACCUCCUAGACGCAGUCAGCUGAAUAGUAUCACAUCUAGUCAAUCUCCUACGUCAACUUUAACACCUACGUCACCAGUUCAGUUGUCACAUCCGCAAAUCACUUUCGAUGAUACGCCUAGAAGCCCGGUGAAAACAAGCCCCGUUAAUAAAGAAUUUAUCGGUGCUGUGUACCAAGAUAAUAUCGUAGAAAUAAAUGUCCCCGAUCCUUUGGCUGAAACUGACGUCAGUCAGUGGCUAGUCUACAAGAGACCUGACGAAGAUGGUCCCGAUAUACGAGGAGGACACGCAGAUGCUCUGAUUGUUUUGGCCACCAAAGCUAAUAAAAAUGAGGAGAGUGAUGCGGAUUUCUUGUAUCAAGAAGCGUUUUUGACCACGUAUCGUACGUUUAUCACCCCGGUUCAACUUUUGGAAAAAUUAAUCGAUCGGUAUCAUCGAUUUGAUACACCUAGUGAUGCUGUUAGGCAAAGAGCUGCUCGAGAAACAUUUUCUUUACUUGUUCGAGUUGUUGGAGAUUUAACUAUCAUGGAUUUGGAAGAGCACGUUGUUGCAAUGUUGAUGGAAUUCGUGUAUCAGCUACUCUGCAGCGGUGGAUUAAUCAUGGGCAAAGCAUUGAGGAUCAAAUUAUUAGAAAAGUACUUAGCUAAACUACACUAUCAUUCGAUGAAAUCAUUAAAUGGAUCGCUGACGUCGCAAAAUAUCUACACGAGACAAUCGACGUUGUUAGAUUUUAAAUCCGAGCAUAUAGCCGAGCAAAUGACGUUAUUAGAUGCAGAAUUAUUUACCAGUAUCGAAAUUCCAGAAGUGCUCAUUUGGACUCAAGAACAAAAUGAAGAGAAAAGUCCAAAUCUUACUAGGUUCACUGAACAUUUCAACAAAAUGUCCUAUUGGGCAAGAUCUCGAAUUCUCGAACAAAACGAUGCAAAGGAUCGAGAACGUUACGUCAUGAAGUUUAUAAAGAUCAUGAAACACUUGAGAAAAAUGAAUAAUUUCAAUUCUUAUUUGGCGUUAUUAUCAGCCUUAGAUAGUGCUCCUAUAAGACGGCUAGAAUGGCAGAAACAUAUCACUGAUGGGUUGAAAGAAUAUUGUGCGUUGAUUGAUAGUUCCUCUAGUUUUAGAGCCUAUAGACAAGCAUUAGCUGAAACGCAGCCUCCGUGUAUUCCUUACAUAGGAUUGGUGUUGCAAGAUUUAACUUUCGUACAUAUUGGUAACAACGAUUUCCUAAACGAUGGUGCUAUUAAUUUCUCUAAAAGAUGGCAACAAUUCAAUAUUGUUGAGAAUAUGAAACGAUUUAAGAAAGUUUCGUAUAAUUUCAAAGGCCACGAACGCAUAGUGGCAUUUUUCAGUAAUUUUGACGAAUUUCUAUGCGAAGAGGCAAUGUGGCAGAUCAGUGAGAGUAUAAAACCGCGAGGCGGUAAGAAGACUAAUCUGAAAUAGACAGAAACUGUUUUUGUUUUCAAUUCUCUUUUUUCUCCUACCUAUUAUGAACUUCAAACGCGUGUAUUUUAUAUACUAUUUAUUUUUUUAAUGUUUUUUUUAUCUGUUUCCAUUUUGUGCGCGUGUGUGUGUGUUUUUUCGUUAUUUUAUUUCCUUUCUUUUUCGUUUAUCGUCUGUCUUGUUUUUUUUUUGUUUUUUUUUUAAUUUCAUUUUUUAUUGUUGAAGAUGGAUGAAGUUUUGACUACUGAAAGCAUAUCAAUAAGUUUAAUUUUUUGAACAGUAUUACAGUUUAUCUUUUUACAUAUAAUAAGGUUGACCAAUUUUAUAAACAAGGUCAGUGAUGUAAGUGUAAAUAUGAAUGUGAAAAAUUUCACGUUUUACCUAUUAAAGUAAGUCAUAUCAACCUAUUAUCGGAUCAAAUUUUACCAAUACUAAUUGGUAGUUGAAAAAUAUUUUUACUUUUCUUAUUGUGACUUCCAUUCCUAUACCCCAUUUAAAAAAUUUUCAUUCAUUAUUUCCUUCUUUUUUUAAAAAAAGAAUAAAUUAGUCAAUUACGAAUUUUUUAAAAAUGAUUUUUUCUUUUGAAGUAUUUACCUAUUCUAUGUCGUUUGUGCGUAUGAAAGUGAUAGUUGAGAUUUCUUCUUCUUUUAUUUGUAAUUAUUUUUUUCUAAAUGAGUUUUCUAUGCGUCGUAUCUUCCUUUAUGCGUCACCAAGUUAUAUUUUUAUUGUUUCACGUUUGUUUUGUGUUUUUAUUUUAAUUUUUUCGAAUAAUUCUAAGAUCGAGAGUCAAUUUAUUGUUUUUAUGAGGACAUAUCUUUAUAUAUGCCUGUCUUUUUGUUAAUUUCUGAAAAUGUUGAUCGUUAUCUUCUUAUUGUUUGAAUGAAAUUGUUAUGUAUCGGUAUCGCGAAUUUUUAUGAUCGAACAAAUUGAUUAUUCUGUAUUUUAUUUUAUACAUAUAUUUUAUUUAUUCAAUCAUUCAUUUUUUUCCCAAGAAAAACAUAACUACUAUAAUUCCUAUGUAUUGAAAUUGAAAGUUGUGUCACAUGAUGAGACAAAAUCAUAUCGAUAUCAAAUUUUUCUACUUUUUAAAUUCCUAUGAAACAAAUCUUUUAGGUACCUACGUUUUUUUAUAUGUUUUUUUUUCUUGUAAAUGUUCUAAACUUACUAUUUUUUAUUUUGUUUUAAAUAAGUCCAUAAAAUGAUGAAUCUUACUACGUAGAUUCAUUGCACUAUAACUUAUCUAGUCCUACUGAUUGAUUUUUAAAUCAGAUAUCUAGUUAAUAUGUUUUACUAUACACAUCACGAAUCGAACAAUAUGCUUUUCCCAUUAUAAAAUACUUAAUUUAAAAAUUUUUAUUAGUUACUUUCGUCUGUUUAGGAUGAUGAUUUAAGAUUUUUUUUUCAAAUGUUGCUUGUACAAAUUUUGUGAAUGGUACUUUUCCUCCUCGUUUAAAUCUAUUCUAUUGUACGGUUAUGCGAAGUAUUAUUGUGAAAUUCUGAGUGAAAUCGGUUAUACGUAUUUGUAGACUAUAUUUUGAAUUUUUGAUGAAUAUUGUAAACGCAGACAGUAGCGUGCAAAUUUGAAUGUAGAAUUGUAGACGAUAGCAAAAUCGAGAUGUUACACUGUAGGUAAUAGGUAUUUCAAGACCACGCUACAAUACCGUUUACAAUUUUGAAAAAAAAAAGUUAUUGUUGGUGAAAGCCCUAUCCUUCAAGAAAAUUUUCAUGUGUUUGAACCGAAUAAAAAAUCCGAAAGGUCACUGAAGUAAAUUUGAGAAAAUUUUUAGUCCUUCAGUUUUCCGCAUUUACCAGACGAACCGUACCCCAACUUCAAAGACGUAGAAUUUUCAAACUGAGAUUUCUAUGAAAAUUUCACAUAACGAAAUUGUAGAGAAUUUACGUCAUCAAAUUUCUGCUAGGACGUACGGUUCGUCCGGUAUAUGCGGAAAACCAAAGGACUAAAUUUUCUCGUGUUCAUUUCUGUGAGCUUUUUGGAUUGUAAGCGAUAUUGUUGCAGCGAGGUUGUGAAAAACAAUGUUAUAUCACGAUUCUGCUAUCGUCUACAUUCAUUUUCACGCUGCUGUACCAUUAACUUUGAAUUAUUUGUACGGUGUUUUCUUUUCUUUUCUUUUUUUUUAAAACAACUUUUCGUUAUCUUGUUUGUAAUGUUAUAUGAAUGUUAUAGAUUUCAGAUGUUUAAUGAUUUGUUACCUUUUUUGUAGUAUGUAUUUAAAACUGGAGUAUUUACGCGAUGACGUGAAAUUUUUUAUUGCUUCUAUGUUUUAAAUAAAUUUUGCUUUAAACGUUA